CCGUUAUGCAACACUGGCGCAUCGCCAAAAACAAACGGUCAUACUUCGCAACCUGGAAAAAAGUAUUGUUUUCGGAAAAAUCAUGGCUAAUUGCAGCUAGAACGCGACUUGUAAAUUUGGCCAAUACGUUUUUUGGGGCCACCAAGAAGGCGGCAGUUGGACAAAAUCCAAGGACAGAUGAAAAUUGACGCGUGUUAAAUGCAAACAAGAAAAUUCCAACACAGACCUUGAGUGGCUCACACACACACGCAAUCCCCUCCACACCUGCGUCACACAUACACACACGCACUCACACACCGAUAAAGGGGAGCAAAAGGGAUAGAAGAUCGAACCGUUCCCUGUUUUUUGCUUUUUAGUUUUUAAAACAGGAAGUGGAUUUUAGGGGAUCGUUUGCUGAAUUUUGCAGCUGCAGCUGGCAAUAUGGUGAAUGUACCCCCGCUGCUCUGCAACCCCCCGCCCAUUGAUUUCGGCGAGGAAGACGACGAUUCCGGUUUGCAAUCCACAAUCCAUUUGGACGAAGGUGACGAAUACUCCAAUUUUGGCUUAGUCAGCAGCUCGAAAGAACCCCCUGCGCCACCGGAUCCUGUUGGGGAAUUUCGAGAAAAGCCACCGGAUUUGCUGGAAAAUAAACAAACCGCCGAGGCAUUCAAUUACCAAGUGAAACAGGCGAUGGAUUACGAUGUUUUCGGAGAAACAGCACCGCCCACGCCGCCGCCCCUGAGUCUGGAGCUCGAGGAGGAGGAACUGGAGGAGCAGGUACCCUCCCUAAAGCUGGACAGUCUAAGUCUCUUCACGGAAAGCGUGUCCGCCGCCUCCACACUCUCACCCGUUGCGGAAACGGAGCCAGUGCCUCCAGCCCCCGUGAUGCAAACAACCAAAGCCCACGUACUCAGCCAUCAAGUCACGCUGGAGGAUGUGUCCGAUGACAGUGAUGAGGAGUGCUCGCCAAAGAAGCCCAAAGAACUAUUUAUACGUGAGGGAGCCGUGGAUUUCUUUGCCAUCGAGGUGCUAGCCUCACCCACAUUACCAAAUGGAGGAGGUUUUCCGGAGGAGGAUCAGGAUACAGGGAAAAUAUUAAACCAAGAGAAUACCUCCCAACAAGAAGAAGUCUCUAAAAGUUCGGAAAACCAGGAAAGUUCAAAUAACUUGGCGAAUCAGUUGGAAAAACAAGAAAACGGCCUAUCAGAUCCCAGCACCUAGAGGAAACCACAACCACUGGGGUAAACCUGCGGUAGUGAUGCUUUUCAAUGCAACUUUGAAGAGCCGCCAGAAGACCUAGUGCAUCAAGACAAUAUCCCAGAAAGUCAGGAAACCGAGGAAGACGAUGACUUUGGUGACUUUGCGGAUUUCUCAGCAGCAGAACCUGAAGCCAAGCUCUCCACAGCGACAGCUCCUCUUCAAGCUGUCUUUGAAGCACCACCUUCCUUAGAAACGGAACCUGUUAAGGAGGAGUAGCUCUCCUUGGAGGCUUCCAUAAAAAUACCUCCUUCAGAACCAGCAGAUGAUGGCUUCGAUGACUUCCAAGAGUUUGCCACUCAGAAUGGAAGUGCUGGCCAAAGCGACGACGAUGAUUUUGGCGACUUCUCAGAGCCCGUUGUGGCUGCCGUUUCAUUACCUCCGCCGCCGCCGCCAGCUGCUGUCCACCUGAGCAUCGAUGAGAGGGUGAAGCCAGUCCUGGAGAUGAUGUUCCCGCAAUCCAAAGAGCUGGAAAGCAUAGGCAUGGACAAGCGGAAGCUAGCGCAGUGUCAGCGGUUUAAUUUUGGCGCCAUCGAGCAUGCCCAAGCCCUGGAUUAUCAAUGGGGCAGCUCAGAGAUGAGGCAUGCCCUCGUUCGAUCGCUGGGCAUCGAUUCAAGAAAUAUACUCUUCGGCGACAAGUGGAACUCAUCAAUGCCGCGUUUUGCCGCCAACCUGAGCUUCGAUCCCCUGAAGCCGAUGAAACUAACGACCGGUAACACCUUGGAAGUUAUUUCCAGUCCCAGCAGUCACCAGGGACUGGAAAACGCCACCGCAGCAACGGCGAGCCAAACUGAAGCGCGGACUAGCCCGUCUCAUGGGGAAGGGUCCGGCUCCGGCUCCGUCUUCGGGUCCGCCAGCAAUUCCGACGGCGAAGAGCGACAGAACCAUAGCUACCAGCCAGCUGCAAUCCCCAGCUCCGAAUCGAACCAUAUUGAAUCCGCAACAGCGCCACCAGCAGCAGUUGCUACUCCAGCAGCAGCGACGCUAUCGACUGCUCUACCAGCAGACAGCCCUGCCCACCAGCUCAACGGCGGUGAGCAGCUGCAUCAGCAGCGGGCGGAGCAGGACCAGUUUGAUUUGAGGACCACUUCGCCGCCCGCACCGCCAGCUCAGGAGGAGAUCGUGGGCAGCUCGAUGGCCAGCUAUUCGGUGCCGUUGAAGGAGACCCACAUCUACACGCCCUCCAAAUCGGAUACGGCGGUGGCCAAGACAACCACGCUGGCACCCAUUGAUUUCGACUACGAGAUGGCGGCCACUGGCAUUAUUAUCGAUGAGACGGUGGUCAAGAAGGAGUAUCGCGAUGUAGAGUACAAGCCACCAUUUGGUCUGGAUUCGCCCAGCAAAUUGAGUGGCAAUGGAGCUGCCAGCAGCUUCGAGUUGCCGCCGCAGGCGGAAGACGAUGACUUCAGUGACUUUCAAUCGAUGCCGGCGCCCAGGUCGAGAAUCGAUACACCCACUUUUGGGGAACAGAUGAUCCUGAGUCCGGCCAUUCUAUUGCCCCAAGCCAUUCCGCUGGCGAAGAAGCCAGCGGCGUCUAUAGAAUGGGGAGACAAUGCCUUGUCCAGCAUAAAUGCCGAGGAGAUGGCCAGAAUAGAGGUUUUCUCGUCACAAGCCAAACCACUCACCAUUAGCGCUUCGGGCAAGAAACCCACUCCUCCCAAGCUAGUUCAAUCUCAGACGCAAGAGGAUGAUGAAUGGUCGGAUUGUUCUGUUCCAGUUAACCAACAGCAGCAUCAGCAGCACUCAAUCGCUAACAACAAUAAAGUGAACAGCAACCAGAGGAAACCAUCUGCUCCAAAGGAAGAUGAUUGGUCGGAUUUUGUGAGCAGUACUCCACCUGCUCGACCGGCGCCACAAUUCAAUUCCGGUGCCUGGCAGAGCGCUAACUUCUACAACAAUCCCUUGAGCCUGUACCAAGCACAACAGCAACAGCAGCAUCCCCACAGCAAUCUGGUGCCCAGAAGCAGCGGCAGCACAAGCAGCAAUAACAACAAUGUGCCAGCCAUUCCACAGCAAAUACACAUCAUGCAUGACUUCUCGACGGCGCCCGUGUCUGGAGGAUUGGGUGUGGGCGCCACCUACCAGCAGCAGCAUCAGCGACAGCAGUUCCAAAUCGGCAACGCCAAGGUGGCACCACGCAUCUCCCUGAUCCCCGAUCUUAGCUUUGUGGCACCGGCUUUGCCCACAAAUGCUGGCGCCUUCAUGGGUACGCUUCCGAAACCGAGUUUCGGUGGCAAGAAAUGACACAAGAAGCUGAGGGUGGGCGGUGGGCGGCUCCAGCAGCAGCAGCAUCAGCGUCAGCAUGUGGGCGGUGCACGCCCACUGGGAGCGGCGAGGCCACCAUCCUCACGUAGGCAAAAAGGGCGUGCCCUGGGGUGCCAGUCAGUAUUAUGAAUCCGUCUGAUAUUUACCAUAAACCGAACCGUCACACAUGUAGUUUGAUGCAAGCUGUGUUCCAUGUUGUUGUCGUUGUUGUUGACGUUAUCGUUGGCAUAAUUGUUGUUGUUGUUGUGCGUGCAUGUUGUUGUGUUAGUCGUAGAUCAGGGUUAAAAACAAAUAUACAGAAAAGUAGACAUUUUGUGCAAUAGUUUGGUUCUAAAUUGAUAUUGUACUUAAUUUUGACAAAGAAAAACUUUUAAUAAGCUUGAACCGGAAUUUUUUGAUUUUUAUAAAAUAUUGAAACCAAUUAUUAUAAGGAAUCCAUCUGAGUUUUUAAAAAAUCGAUUGGCUUAAAAGAAUAUGUAACUCUUAGAAAUCAAAACCCAGUGAAAUUCUCGAAACUACGUGGGGUAUUCCUGAAAGCCUUCGAGAUUUUUAAAUUUAAGUCUAUGCAUCUCUUAGCAUGCAAUACUGUACUGCGGUCAUAUCAAUAUAACAUCAUAAGAAUAAUGUACCCUAGAUGACCAAAACAAAAGAUUAGGAAAUUGUUACACAGACUUCAGGAAUAUCACAAGUGAUUUCUAAGGAAAAAUUCCGGAACAGCUUUGUUUUAAAUAAAUGAAAGAAUAUUAUGUUCUAUUUUAGCUUAAUGAUCCCAAAUCUACGGAUUUUUAUCAGUUGAUCUACAGUAAAGCCUAGAAAUGCAUUCCACUGACAACUUCCCUUUUUGUAACUCCCCUAAAAAUACUCUGAAGCGAAUGCGGGCCACCACAUUGAUGAAAACCCAACCCGCCUGAUGCAAAUUUUUCUAUAUUGUGUACUUAAACCAACAAAAACCCAAACUAACCAAGCAAACAUAGUUAACGUUGUAAAUGUAAUAGAUUUGUUAGUCGAUAGAAGAACUCCCAAGCAUUCCAAGUGUAAAUGAGUGUGUCUGGCUGCCAUGAUGAUCUCCAGAAAAUCGCUGGAAAACGAAACCCAAUCCGCUCCAGUUCUUGAUUAUUGUUUUUUUCGUGUUAAUGUGUUUUCAUUUAUUUAUUUUACUUUAGGUUACGCACUUUAAGUUGAAUGUGUCUGUGUGUUGCGUGUGUGUGUCUGAAAAUUAUAAACAAUUAUCGACUAAAUCUAAGUGUUUGAUGUAAUCAUAUGUUUUUAGGCUUAAAUGUAAAUUACAAAUAGAUUUCCAUUUGUUUUGUUUUAUUUUGCCAAGUCAAUGAAAAAAGGUAAAAACAAGAACAUGAUUAUAGAUGGUUGCUGCUUGAUUUAAAUAAAUGAAUUAACUAUGUA